AUGCCACCGAUGCCCCCGGCCUCCGGGGGUCCCUUGCGGGCUCCCCCGGCGGUGGCCGCCCUCCGCCCGGCUUCUCGCCACGGCAGCCAGCCCAACGUCAGCGGCGAGCCCGGUUGGGCGGCUCCGGGCCACUCGCCCAGCUCCAGCGGCGGCGGCGGCGGCGGAGGAGGAGGAGGGACGGCCAAGCACCGCCAAGCCGCCAGCCCCUUGGCGCACCGCCGGGACAGCAACCCCUUCACCGAGAUCGCCAUGAGCUCGUGCAAGUACAGCGGCGGCGUCAUGAAGCCGCUCAGCCGGCUCAGCGCUUCCCGUCGGAACCUGCUCGACGCCAGCGGACCGGUUGCCGGCACCGCUUCGGGUCCGGAGCCCGGAGGAGAAGCUCAACCUUUGCAACUCUUGGCGUCCGGGCCGCCCCCGCCGGAGAUCGUCAUCUCCCGGGAAGACAACCACUCCCCGGCGGGGCUGUUGCAAGCCAACACGGGCGGGGGUCCCGGGGCCAAACAGCAGCAGCAACCCCCUUCCUCUUCUUCCACCGGGUCGGCUCCGGCCGGCGGCGCCCCCGGGCCGCCCUUCGCCAAGGUGCCCAAGCGCAAGAACCAGAACAUCGGCUACCGCCUGGGCCACCGGCGCGCCCUCUUCGAGAAGCGCAAGCGGCUCAGCGAUUACGCGCUCAUCUUCGGCAUGUUUGGCAUCGUGGUGAUGGUCAUCGAGACGGAGCUCUCCUGGGGCUUGUACUCCAAGGGCUCCAUGUUCUCUCUGGCCUUGAAGUGUCUUAUCAGCCUCUCCACGGCAAUUUUAUUGGGGCUGAUCAUUGCGUAUCACACCCGGGAAGUCCAGCUCUUCGUGAUCGACAACGGGGCCGACGACUGGCGGAUCGCCAUGACUUACGAGCGCAUCCUGUACAUCACUUUGGAAAUGCUGGUUUGCGCCGUGCACCCCAUCCCGGGCGAGUAUAAGUUUUUUUGGACCGCCCGCCUGGCUUUCUCCUACACGCCGUCCCGCGCCGAGGCCGACGUGGACAUCAUCCUCUCCAUUCCCAUGUUCCUCCGCCUCUAUCUCAUCGCCCGCGUCAUGCUCCUGCACAGCAAGCUCUUCACCGACGCCUCGUCCCGCAGCAUCGGCGCCCUGAACAAGAUCAAUUUCAACACCCGCUUUGUCAUGAAGACACUCAUGACCAUCUGCCCCGGCACGGUGCUCCUGGUCUUCAGCAUCUCCCUCUGGAUCAUCGCCGCCUGGACCGUGAGGGUUUGCGAGAGGUAUCACGACCAACAGGAUGUGACCAGCAACUUCCUGGGUGCCAUGUGGCUGAUUUCCAUCACCUUCCUCUCCAUUGGUUACGGAGACAUGGUCCCUCACACCUACUGUGGGAAAGGCGUCUGUCUGCUUACGGGGAUCAUGGGAGCUGGAUGCACUGCCCUGGUGGUGGCCGUGGUCGCCCGGAAACUAGAACUCACCAAGGCUGAGAAACACGUCCACAACUUCAUGAUGGACACGCAGCUCACCAAACGGGUAAGCUCA